AUGGCUGUGUUCUCACUCCCUCUGCUGGCCGCUUUGGCUGCCGUCGGAUAUGUCGUUUUCCAGCUGGUCUACAACCUCUACUUCCAUCCUUUACGCAACUACCCAGGUCCCCUACUAUGGAGAGCAAGCUCCCUCCCCUGGAAACUGACGCUGUUGCGCGGAACAAUGCACCACGACCUCAUGCGCCACCACCAGAAGUACGGCGACACAGUACGCAUCAAGCCAGACGAGAUCAGCUUCGCCAAUGCACAGGCCUGGCGCGACAUCCACGCCCACGUCCCCGGACGCCCUGAGUUCCUCAAAGACCCGAUCCGGCUGCCGCUCGCUCCGAAUGGGGUGAUGAGUAUCCUGGUCUCUGACACGCACAAUCAUGCACGGUUCCGGAGUCUGUUUGGGCAUGCGUUUAGUGACAAGGGACUGCGUGCCCAGGAGCCUACUAUUGUGCAGUACGCGGAUCUCCUUGUGGAUGUGCUUCGCGAAGUCGCUGAUACUGGGGACUCGGUGGAAAUGGUGCGAUACUUUAACAUGGCGAUCUUUGAUUCCAUCGGUGCGCUGUCUUUUGGGGAAUCGUUCGAUAGUCUGAAGAACCGGGAGUUGCAUCCGUGGGUUGAUACCAUCCACAAGAACCUCAAGAGUGUCGCGAUCUCGCAUGUUCUGCGCAGUAUGGGCGUCGAGUUCCUGACUCCGUAUGUUAUGCCGAAGGAACUGCGCGGAAAGAGACAGGAGAACUACAGCUACGCGAUCGAGAAGCUAAAGAAGCGCAUGCAGAAGACCGGCGACCAGGGCGACUUCUGGGACCGGGUCAUGGUCAAAAGCGCAGACGGAAAUCAAACCGGCGACGGUAUGAGUCCUGGCGAGAUGCUCAACAAUGCUGCUGUAAUGGUCGUUGCAGGCUCAGAGACGACUUCGUCUGCACUCUGUGGCUGCACGUAUCUACUCUGUAAGUCCGGAAAGAUGGACAAAGCUGUGUCCGAGAUCCGGAAUGCGUUUGAGGCGUCGGACCAGAUUGAUCUCCUUUCUGUCUCUCGAUUGCCGUAUCUCACGGCUGUGAUUGAUGAAACUCUCCGCAUGUAUCCCUCUGUGCCUGGCCAGCCUCCUCGUGUUGUGCCGGACGGCGGUGCUACGGUAUGCGGCCAAUUUGUGCCUGCUGAAACCCGCGUCGGAGUCAGUCACCUCGGAGCAUACUAUGCUGAUUACAACUUCUCGCAUGCGGACAAAUUCAUCCCAGAGCGACACUUGCAGAAGGCAGAGGAGCCGUACAAGUAUGAUAACUACGGUGCUUAUCAGCCUUGGUCUGUUGGGGUUCGCAACUGCAUCGGCCGAAACCUUGCCUAUGCCGAGGUGAGAUUGACACUGGCCAAGCUGUUGUGGCAGUUUGAUAUUAUGUUGGACGUGGAGAGGACUGGCGAGUUUCUGGACCAGAAAAUAUGGUCCAUUUGGGCGAAGAGGGAGCUUUACAUGUCAUUUAAGACCCGGGUGAGCUGA